CUCACACCAAAGAGUAAUGGCCUUCCUGUUUGGUGAGUGUGUGUUUGCACAAGAGAGGCUCAGCUGGUUCCCUUGGCAGUGCAGAAUACAGUAUGUAAAUGCAGGUAGAGGCUGCACCUCUUGGGGAUUUAAACAGAUAGAAAAAGGUGGGGAAGGCCAGAAAGAAAAGGGUGAGGAUCAGCAAAAGAUGCCCUGACACCUAGUGGCUGAGCAAGGAAGGAAAGAACUCAGAGUGGAAAAAGAAUACUCACUCUAGUGUGAGCACGCUGGGCCAGGUUGGCAUGGAAAAAAGGGGGCGGCUGGAGGUCAGAAAACAAGCAUGAGUUUGUCGAAUCUCCACGCCCCUCCAUCCACAACACCCCUCCUCCUCAUCCCUCCAUCCUGUUUACCUACUUGAAAGCUUUCAAAGGCCCUCUGUGUAAGUCGUAAGCAAGGGUAUUAGGUGAGGGGGAGUACAAAUAGUGGGCAACAUCACAACAUCUCCCACCUAAGGAUAAGCUCAGAAGAAGAAGAGCAUAGUGGGUCAGUGGGUGCAGACAUGCCUUGCAAAUUCUUUCUAUUUCUCUCACUUUGGCUUUUCUUGCCAACCUCUGAUGCUGGAAGACAGAUGCCUAAACUUUCUGCUAGAAAACUCUGCGCUGACUCAGAAUGCAGCUAUGCUAUUCUGAUAGCUCGUGCUGUGCAGGACUACGACCCCGCAGACUGCAGGUUCAUCUCCAUCAGACAGGGGCAGCUUGUUUAUGUCUAUGCCAUGCUACAGGACACUGGGAACCUCUUCUGGGCAGGCAGUGUUCAGGAUUCCUAUUAUGGAGGACAGGAGGCUCGUAUUGGUCACUUUCCAAGCACUGUGGUGGAGGAGGUUCAAGCUCUCGAGCCAGCCAACACAGAAGUGAAGACGACCAAAUGGGACUUUUACUGUAACUGAAAUGGGAUCCCCAAGGAGAACAAAAUUCUGGGCAUUACAACAUUCUACGGCAGCCUCUUCAUUAGGUACACCUGUAGAAUCAAAUGCAAAGUUAUUGUUGUAGUUUGUAAUUGUAGAAAUUAACUGCAUCAUGUUGAGAGCUGUUUUUAAUAUUUUGGUUAUCUUAGUUAGGAAGAAAAUAUACUGGGGUGGGGGAGAAUUUUGGUAUAAUGCAUUGCAACUAGUGGCAAAUGAGGGCCAAAUGUAGGCUCAGUUUUGGCAAGCAGUAGAAAAUGCUUGCGUUUCUCAUCUAGCACCUUAGAACUCGUUAUCCAACAAACAAAAUAAAAACAUUUUCAUGCAAAAAAAUAUAUAUGUUGGUUGAAAUUUCAUUCCUAUAUCAAUGCGUCAGUGUGUUUUUUAAGAUGAAAGAAAAUAAACCGCUUUGUAAAAUCA